AUGAAUCGCGUUGGAAUGACAGAUCACGGCAUUCUCGAUCACAAAGAACUCAGGAAAAGGGUCUGCGGAUUUAUGGAAAAACUGACACCGGAUGAUCCUUUGAAAGACACCGCGAAUCCCGAGUAUAUAGCUAGAAUGAAAAGAAGUGGGACUUGGGCUGGUGAACCGGAAAUCAUUGCAACCGCCAGGUUAUUCAACGUCUCAUUGAAUAUAGUGACAAGUUCCAGAGAUGGGGAACUUUCCAGUGUAAUGAAUGAGUACCUUGUGGAGGAUUCCUGCAACAGGCCCAGGUUGUACCUCGGACACCAGUACGAGAAUCACUACAUCAGUCUAGAACCACACCCAACAAGUAAAACUUGUGACCAUGGCAACACCAAGCGGAACUCCGACAGCGCGUCUGUUACACUUUGCAGUACAUGUGGGAUUCAAGUUUGUUCGGCGUACGUGUCAACUAGUUUGGGAGAUAAAGAAAGUGAUACAAUCGGAAAGGGUAGACACAUUCCAUACCCUACCGAUCAAGAACGCAUUGAGGAGGAUAUAUCUGCAGCAGGGUUCGACGACGAAGUGAUCGAGAAAGGUUCCGAACAUGAAAGUGCGUUUCAAGGAGAAAGAUCGAAGGAAGAGGAAGAGGUUCUUGGAGAGGACGGAGGCGAAUUUGACAGAAUGAGUAGUAGUCCCGAUAGCACACUGGGCACUGGUUCCAAGUACAGCACAGGUCAUGAAAUCCCAGAUGUUGAGAGGAAUACUAGUGACACGGAAAGCGAGGCCAGGACUGAAGAGGACAACGCCAGAAAAAAAACGGUCUUACCUGACGGAGAAACCGAACCACAGAAAAUGACAAGUCAGCCCAUCAACCACGAAAACAUUUCGAAGGAAAAGGAAGAGGUUCUUGGAGAGGAUGGAGGCGAAUUUGACAGAAUGAGUAGUAGUCCCGAUAGCACACUGGGCACUGGUUCCAAGUACAGCACAGGUCAUGAAAUCCCAGAUGUUGAGAGGAAUACUAGUGACACGGAAAGCGAGGCCAGGACUGAAGAGGACAACGCCAGAAAAAAAACGGUCUUACCUGACGGAGAAACUGAACCACAGAAAAUGACAAGUCAGCACAUCAACCACGAUAUCAGCACAUUGAAAAAGUCUAGAGUGAAUGACGAAACAAAACUAUGGCACAUUCAAAACCGGAUGCCUGAAAUCAACUUCAAAUUUCCAGGGAAAAGGUACAAAGACAAAUCUGAGAGUAGCGGCUUUAAGCAACGCUACUGUAAAAGAGAAUGGCUGCAACAUCAUGAAUAUCUCUCGUACUCAAAGGAGGCAGAUGGAUUGUUUUGUUUAGCGUGUCUUCUUUUCCCUGUAAGGGCCCAUCGAGGCCAAAGGGCGAAUAACCUGAUAAAUACACCUUAUCAAAACUGGAAGGAUGCGUUAUUCAAUUUGCGCAAACAUGCUACAUUGGAAUACCACAUCAGAUCGAAGAUGACAAUGGAUGGCUUUUUAGAGACCACUAGGAACCCAUCACUCAACUUGGCAAGUCGCAUGUCCAGUAAAAUUGCGGAACAAGUGGCCAGCAACAGGAAAUUCCUAGUCUCCAUCAUCAAAAGCAUCGAGCUAUGCGGACAUCAAGGCAUCGCUCUGAGAGGUCAUAGGGAUGAUUCUACGUCGGAAGCUCUGAACCAAGGCAACUUUAAGGCUCUCGUUGAUUUCCGGAUUGAUGCAGGUGACGAUAUACUGAAGGAGCACCUCAAAAGUUGUGGUCGGAAUGCCACUUAUGUUUCUAAAACGACACAAAAUGAGCUGCUGCAGUGCAUGCGACAAUACAUACAGGACAGCAUCACUGCACAGGUUAAGGCGAGUGGCUUCUACGGAAUAUCGGCAGAUGAGGUAACGGAUGUUUCCAACUGGGAGCAAAUUGGGUUAGUUGUCCGUUACCUCCACAACAAUCAGCCGGUAGAGAAGCUACUCGAGUUUAUCGAGUGCGAAUCGUGCACAGGACAGCAAAUAUGCGAGCAUAUCGUCACUUGCUUGAGGAACCUGGGGUUAAAUCCAGAAUUGUGCCGUGCCCAAACAUAUGAUGGUGCAGGGAAUAUGGCUGGGGUGAGGAAUGGCUGCGCAGCAGAGUUUAUGAAGACAUCUCCAAGGGCCCCUUACUACCACUGUGCAAGUCAUGGGUUAAAUCUCGCCCUAUGUUAUGCAUGUAAAGUGCCCGAAAUCCAUAACAUGAUUUGCACUCUCCGAUCGCUCGGUUACUUCUUCAGGAACUCACCAAAGCGCCAAAGGGCUUUUGAAGAAAGUAUCGUAGCUAUCAUCGACAAAAGGGCGUCAUGCGAAGAGGAGAGACCCGAUAACAGCAACAAAGAUGGUGAAGGAGGUAACAACCCAGCCGCUCCCGCAUGUACCGUCGUAGAAGAGGAAAGCGAUGAUGAUGGUGAUGAUGAUGAUGACUCAGAAGGUGACGGCCAGACCACAGAGGACUAUGUACCACCACAUCCUCGUGAAGUUAAGAGCAAUCCACUAUCCAAAAAGAAGAUAAAACCCAUUUGUGAGACGAGGUGGGUGGAGAGGCACACUGCUCUAAUGGACUUUGAGGACCUAUACGAACCUCUCAUUCACUGCUUGGAAAGGAUCUCACGAAAUGAGGACAGAAGAUGGAGCAAUACCACGGUAGAGGCAAGUGGGUUACUCCAUCAAAUUACAAGUUCAACAUUCAUUGCCUCGUUCCAAUCAGCUCUUUAUCUCUUUGGUUUCACCUUUUCAUUGAGUCAAAACCUGCAAGGGAGCGAACUUGACGUCAUCCAAGCUUAUAACAAAGUCAAACAUAUCAAAGAUGAGUUAUCUGCCGUACGACAGAACUCCAAAAGGACAUUCGGAUAUGUAUGGGGAAAGGCUACAAGUAUGUCCAAUGCAGCAGGUGUCAGCAUUUCAGUACCUCGUACAUGCGCCAAACAGACCCUACGCAGUAACACAUCCGGGAAAAAGCCAAGCACGUUUUACCGACGAACAGUGUUUGUACCUUUCCUUGACAGUUUAUUACAACAACUAGGAGACAGGUUUGAAGGACUGUCAGCACAUGCACUGCAAGGGAUCAUGUUAAUGCCUAACAUGGUACAGAAACUUACAAGCGACGUGCAAGAAAGACUGCUUGCUUUCUAUGAGCCAGAUUUGCCAUUCCCCAAAGUUGCACCACAGGAAUUACAGCUAUGGAGACGUCACUGUGACGAUGUUGAAAAUGCUGCUGAUCACUCCAGUAACCAGUGCAAGUGUGGAACGCAGCAACUCAGCCCUGAGAUUUGUGAAAUCUAA